UUACUUGCCGUUGGUGUGCUCAACAAGCCAUUUUGCAACAGCCCCUGGGCCCCCUGCGCGGCUGCUGGUUGAAACCUGUGCAUUUUGGCAAGGGAGACGUGAUGUCCAACAUGGAGGGCGAUGCGGGUGACGAGCGACACCGACGAUCCAGCGUAGCGCAUAUGAGGUUGAAGACUGUUCGCCAGACCAUUUCGCUCAGAGGACGUUCAUUCUCAGAAGCAGAUGGGCAAUCACAAGGCAGCAGCAGUAGCACCAAGAGCAGAUCGCUGCAGAAUCGCCCUGUCCUGCGUUUGCUGGCAGAACUGGCUGAAAGCCAUGACAGCCUCCUCAGCAGAGGUGCUGGGGACUCCACGAGCGCCCUCUACUUUGCCUCAGUCGUUGUGGCAGCGAUAUCUUCUUUGCUUGGCGGGCAACGUCAAGGCUUCAAGGCAUCAUGGUCUUUGGGACUCAUACAGAUGCUUCUCUUUUGGUUGCUUGGUACACGCUGUGCCAACUUGCUGGUUCAGAAUUGGAAGCGCCUUCCAAUCCCGGCAGCUGCAGAUGGGACCAGCUUUGCCAUCCUCGCAGCUUUGAGAUCCUCAUUGGAUGGCCUGGGUGGACCUUUGUCAACCGCGCUCUUGUUGGCAUGUCGCCAUUGGAUAGGUGCUACGGAUGUGCAGCUGGAAGGUUUGGCCUUCGUUUUGCCCGUGCUUCGUGACGCGUCGCUGUUGCUGCUGCUGAAUCGCGUGCUGAGAGCUGGGCAAACUGCGGCAGAGUUGAUGUACAGCAGUCGCAUCCUCUCGACGCAAAGACGAGAACUGUGGCAAAACACCCGUGAGAGAAGAGUAAUCGCUUGCCUUUUGGCGCAUGUCAUGGAUGCCCGCAAUGGAGACGAACCGGCAGCUGCCGCUGUGGAGCCCUUGGAUGCUAAUGCACCCUUGGCCUUUGAACGUGCCUGUGCCGAGCUCAUUACUGCGGGUAGCCCAGGCUCAGAUCUUUGGCUUGGCAUGGUGAAACUUUCGGAGGAACCAUCGGAGGAGUCAGAGAGCUCCGCAUCUGAAGAGCACAGCCCGACUCGUCGAGGACAAGCAGACAUUCUCCGGCAAGAAGGCAUUCUAUGCGAGCCAAAGAAGGUGGAAAAAGGUGCUACUGCCUUGUUCCGGAGCCUUGUCCCUGAGGGACGUUUGAGCUUUGCCCAGUUGACUGCCAAACUGCAAGAUGGAGCAGAGAGUGAGCGUUUUUGGCAGCUGUUGGAAGCACUGGAUGCACCUGCCAACUUUAAAAGGCCUCGACCGCAUCGCGCAUUGUCACGUGCAAACACGGCACCGAUUGAUGAAGCUUCGCCGACGCCAAAAUCGCGCCGGUUGGGACAUACAAAGUCCAGCGGUCACAUCGAGAUCAGCGUCGGUCAGGAUGCCUUUGUGCAACUGGUUGUCUCUACCUACAAAGACUCUGCACGUUUGGUAUCAAAUGUUGGCGAGCACUCAGCCAUAUUCGCGCUCUUCUGCAGCGUUCUCCGCUUGUGUCGUCUGCUGGUCGUGAGCAUCGUGGCGUUGGGGCGCUUCGCCCCGGCAUCGCUGAUGCAGACCCUGUCCUGGCUAAUCUCAUCGGUUCUGUUGGCAGUUUCUUUUGCAUGGGGCCCUGUACUACUGGACGUGAUGCAGUCGUUGGUUUUGCUGCUUCACGUGUGUCCCUUCGACACGGGUGACCGCAUCGUUUUCCGUGGACAAGUCCUUGUCGUUGCACACAUCAAGUUGCUGAACACCGUCUUUCGCGACGUCUAUGAUGAGGAAAUCUACAUUCGCAAUGCUGCACUGUACGCGGGCGAUGGCAUCAUCAAUCUUCGCCGAUCUGGGCCUGCAUAUGUGGCAAUCACUUUGGUGAUACCUUUGAAAUUUGCCAAGAAGGAGAUCUUCAAAGCCUUGACGGUAGCAGCGAAGAACUAUGCGAUGUCGCAUCAGGAGACAUGGCGGGAACAAAUCACCUGUGGAUUUUUUCCCACAGAGCAAGGCGCUGGCGGCGUGGAGGUUCAUAUGGAGUCCUUCCCCUCGCAAGCCUUGCGCUGGCGGGUUGGGGUUUCGCAUCAACUCUCCAAACUUCAUUCAGCACAGGUCAGAAGUGAUGCCUCACUGUUUCUGACCGAACUCAUUGAGGAAGCUGCGAAGUUGGGCAUUGAAUGGCCAAGUUCUCUGCAGCCUGGGACCAUCGAGGAACCUGCGUAGAAAACGGCGCAAAGCGUCGAAAUGGGGAUGGGUCAAAAGGUCAAGCCCU